AUGGCCUUCUCUUCCGGCUUUGGUGACCGUGGCGGCCUUCGCUCUCCUCGCGAGGAGCAGUCAUCGUUUGCUGCUCUCGGCCUCACUUCUCCGCUGCGCAGCACCUUUGGCUCCCAGGCUGCUGCCUCCAAUGCUGGCGAUGUGCGCGGCCAGCUGCACCGACGCUUCACUACGAACAACAUACCGACACUGAACACGCCAUUGUCGCCAAUCGGCCAGCAGCGCAGGCAAGCUGCUGAGCCUCAGGAAUUCACAACUGCGACGUAUCACAAGCUUCAAGUGCUCGAAAAGAAGAAGCUUGAGUACGAAUAUUUGAAGGAACAGCGUAGACGCUUUGAGGCUGAAAUGGAGCUCAUCGAUCUGCAGUCUCGACGUGGCGAAGAGGAGAUUCAUCGCCUGUCUUCUGAAGUCCGUCUAAACAAGCCCGCACAAAGCCAGCCUACAACUCCGCCUGAGUACAGCGACAACGGGUUCCCAAACGCCUUCUCACGACCGAACCGCUUCAGCAUGUCUAGUAUCCAACAGCCCUCCACCAGGAUCACUCCUCGUGGCAGCCGUGCCAACUCGCAGGUCACCUCACCUCCGUCAUCCUCGUUCUUCAGCAACAACGGCCUGCCUUCCCAGUCUGUGCCUGGAACUCGCCGCAACUCCGAUGAGGAGCAUGAUGACUUCGAUAACGACGAUUUUACUCCUCUGAGCCCAGCCUCCAGAAAGAACAACCGCAUGUCGAUGCCCGUGACUGGUCUUGACCUUCGUGGCCGUGACAACCUCCCAGACCUUGCAUCCGUUCUGGGUCAUAUCGACACCACUGGCUAUCUGUUCGGCGAGGAGGACAAGGAACACAACCCGGCUGCCUCUCCAGACCACAAGGCCUAUCUCCAGAUGAGUAACACGAACGAUAAGUUCCCCAUCCUUGUCCGUCGUGGCGACGCAGGUAAUGGUACGAGCCUCUCUGCCUCUUCCGCUGCGCUUGAUUUAGCCCUUUCACAAUCCUCUGGUCCGGAGCCCCAGUCUGGUUGGCCGCAUUACCGUACCCAUCGUCAGGCUCAACAGUCGCUUCCUGCUAACACGCUCCGUAAAGGCUCGCACUCGCAGGCUGAGGACUAUGAGAAUGGCACUGCCAAUGGCCAGACUACUCCCAAGAACAACCGCCAGUCCGUCGAGUUCAACUUCACCAGCCCUCUCCGGUCCGACAACCAGCGCUCCAGCUUUGCUAGCCCCAACAGCGGCAUGCCGAAGUUGACUCAGUCAUUCUCCACCAGCAACGUUCCCACACUGAAGAACGGAAAUGGAGUCAAUGGCACUGGUGCGAACGGCAACAUCAAUGCGCACGCUGAGCAGCACUUUAACCAGCACAAUGUCAACCUCGGUCGCAUCCCUCCUCACGCAGUCUCCCAUCGACACAGCCGUGAGUUGUCGACCGGCUUCAAGGAGCAGGAGUACCGCCCCAUCUCGUCCGGCCUGCAUGCGAGUGCUGCUCCGUUCGGUCCUGCCAUCACCUCCGCAGCUCCGGUCAACAGCAACGUCGGCAGCACAGUCGGCUCGCCGACCAUACCGCAGUACUCGUCUACAACUGCCGGCAAUGCUCCGUACUAUGGCUAUGGCAUGAACAUGCUCAACAAUGCCAUGAACGGCAUGUCCCUUGGCCCUCAAUACGGAGGCCCUCCUCCAUACGGAGCCAACGGCAUGUACCCUGCUGCUGGCCAGUACUACAACCCCUACGCUUCUUACGGACCCAACGGUCGUGUCCAAGACAGCCAAGCUCGCGUCAUUCAGAGCCGCCGCAUGCAGAAUGACGCCAAUCGCUUCAUGAACUACGACCUGAAGACCAUGCCUCGUCACGAGAUCUAUAGCUUGUGCAAGGAUCAGCAUGGCUGCCGCUUCUUGCAGAAGAAGCUCGAGGAGCGCAACACCGAAUAUCUUCAGAUCAUCUUUGACGAGACUGCUCCUCAUGUUGUCGAGCUCAUGACCGACCCUUUCGGCAACUACCUCUGCCAGAAGCUUCUGGAGUUCACCAACGACGAGCAGCGCACCACUCUUGUCCGCAACGCCGCCCCCGCCAUGGUAUCCAUCGCGCUGAACCAGCAUGGUACCCGCGCCCUGCAGAAGAUGAUCGAGUUCAUCUCUACUGAGGAGCAGACCGAGAUCAUCAUCCAGGCGUUGUCCGGCCAGGUUGUCGACCUCAUCCAGGACCUGAACGGCAACCACGUUAUCCAGAAGUGCCUCAACCACCUCAAGUCUGCGGAGGCGCAGUUCAUAUUCGAUGCUGUAGGCGAGCACUGCAUCGUCGUCGGCACCCACCGUCACGGGUGCUGUGUCCUUCAGCGCUGCAUUGAUCACGCUUCUGGCUUCCAGAAGGUCGACCUCGUCCGCCAGAUCACCGCACACAGCUUCCACCUUGUCCAGGACCCCUUCGGCAACUACGUUGUCCAGUACAUACUCGAUUUGAACGACCCAAACUUCACAACGCCGCUGUGUCUUGGCUUCAAGGGCAAGAUUGCUGAGCUUUCUAUGCAGAAGUUCAGUUCCAACGUCAUCGAGAAGUGCGUCCGCUGUGCCGAGAUGUCAACCAAGGCUGCUAUGAUCGAGGAGCUGCUUGACGUUGAGCAGCUUGAGCGGCUCAUGCGCGACUCCUAUGGUAACUACGUCAUCCAGACUGCUCUUGAGUUCGCACCAUCUGAGCUCUGCAUGCACCUCAUCGACGCCAUGCGCCCCAUCCUGCCUCAGAUUCGCCAGACGCCUUACGGUCGCCGCAUCCAGACCAAGGUCUCGGAGCGUGAGGGUCGUCUUGCAGCCUUCACUGGUCGCGCUCCGUCAGGUCACGUCUCCCCGAGUACCGGUUCCGGCGCCCAGACUUCCGAAGCCGGCACGCCAUUCCAGCCUCCCAUGUACACUGCCUCUGUCAACUACGGCGCCAACAUCGCUUCGCCUCAGCCUCAUCGUCAGCCCCACCGCCUGAGCAACCCCCCUGUGCCCCACCACUUUAACAACUCUGUACACAACCCGGUCUACCAGCAGUACGGUGUUGCUCAGCCCGCUGGUGUAAGCAACUUUUUCUAG